AUUGGGGCGCAGCAGAGUCGUCGGCGUGAAGCGGGUCGCCCAACACAUGUUGGCCCUUUAAUUUGUUUUACUAGUCCCAUUUGCUUUUGAAGAGAGCUUGAAUUGCUGUGAGAUCCAACCCCCGUAGGAAUCUUGAGAAGUCGGCUUUGGUGUUGCGGAAGAAAGUGAAUACGAUAAAAAUCACUUAGUGCGAUGUACUCGCGUUUGGUGUCUUUUCAAAGCGGCAGCAUCGAAUGACGCAGGGUCGAGACGAGCCGGCAGCUGCCUUCGCUAUCUUUUUGAAAAUAGACUACUUGCUCACCCCAGAAGAAGGCGCCGACUUCUAUGGAAACCUUUUCAUGGAAAUCUUACGAAGCGUUCAUUUGGACUAGUCGCGCAGGCUGGUCAGCUAAUUUACAUGUACCUAUAGUACUUUUUUUUUUGUCGGAAAGAAAAUUGCGAUCAUUGCCUUUUUCUGGUGGAGAUGUCGCUUUUCAAUGCUACAGCCACCGGGUUUGGCGGCGCACGUGGCUGGGCCAGAAGUACAGGGAGUGUUGGACAGGAUGAGAAAGUUCACUUUCCCCUGCGUUCCACGCAACUCAGGAAGGAGUUGGCUUACUUCAGCUUGCUUACAUUUUCGCUCAAGCGAGAAAAAAACCUGCAGCGCGGUCGUGCAAGCAAAGGGCGAAGUCAUUCAGAACAGCUCCGGGAAAAGUACUGCGGCCACGGUCCCAACAGGAGUAGUCCACCGGCUAGGGCGGAACGAAACCGAAGCCCAAGCCCUUGCCGCGGCGUUUCCGAAGCCAGCCUGUCGGUGCAGCCUGGAGUGCACACACUCGAAGGUUUUACUGGCGAAAAUGACAAAGACAGCAAACGAGAUGAUGAAGGACAUCGUCACGCCACAGCAGUGGCUAUUGCAGUAUGUGCAUCCACCGUAGAAGACGCUGUGCAGCAAGCCAUAGUGCCGGGUACGGUGCUUGACACAACGGCUCCUACUAUCCUGUGUAAAAACGUCUCUACGCCAUCCCCAAAGCCACGAUGUGAGCUCUGCUAUAGCAUACACCUCGUUACACAAAAUUGCUCCUAGUCAAGUGGCAGGAAAACAAGGUCACUCUGCGGCAGCAGCCGCGCCAGCAGCUUCGUAGGUUGACUGCUUCUUGAUCGUAUUUGCGAUUUCCGAAGUAACUACCCACAGAGUUGCCUUGUAGUUCGUCUAUCUUUCCUAGUUCGUGUGUUUUUAGAUUUACAUGGGCCCCUUGUCCAUAGAGGUCUACCGACACCACAGCAAGAUAAGUACAACUCCGGAAGCAGUUUGGUCUGGGAGUCACGCAUGACAGUACUAGGCCCUUACCUAAGUCUAGACUAGCUAUCCUGGCCGCAUGCCUAAUCCGCUUGUCUCUCCCGAUCAAAAGACGAGAAGGAAAGAUUCGCGAGGAGUAUGCAGAAAAAAUUUCUUUGUCACCGUUGUGACAUGUUCAUUUUUUGACCAAAGAAGUUUCAUUUUUUCUAGGUAUCCCACACAUGGCGCCCAUGCCUCUUAGCUGUUUCGAAUGUGGUGCGCCAGGCAUUACACCUCGAGCAUGGUGGUGGUGGCCCGGAUAGUUCAACUCAGUUCAGAAGCACCCCGGAGUGCUGGCUUUGCCGUCGUGAAGACCGAGGGCGUGGCUCCUAAAAGUCCGUCGCGAAGAGGCCGUCUUCUGGCGCAUAGAAGCCCGACCUUCGCCGGCGGAGGUUCUGCAUGUUGCGGCGGGCGAUGCUGGGUGGCUCUUGAGAGUCUCGGGCUCGUGUCGCUUCGGUGGCAAAUCCCGGAAGUUUUGCAGGUUGCGAGGUGUCGUGGACUCUGAGAGCCCAAAGCUGGUCGCGAAAGUGUCAUUAGACGGCUGCCCAGCCAAAGGCGUUCCGGGGCCGCGGUUUUGGUCUGGAAAACGGCAGGCGCUUCUGGGAUAUUUUUGGACCACCUUCAACGGGCUGGGUCAACAUGCAUGCUUGAAAUGUACUAGCGAGCCUGCCGCAUAAUUCGCAACAUUUCUUGGCAGAAAUCAAUGGACACACAUAGGAAUAAGCCAAUCAAAAGGCCAGCGCUUUUGCUCAGAAAAUGUAUAUUUCAAAACGGUGACGAUUACAAAUUUUCCCUGAAUGAGGAGCACAAGGAGCGAACGUCUCUCAUCGUGGAACUCGUAGGAAACCUCUUGCUCAUGAAAGAGCCACAUGCAGAGUGUGGGGCGGGGAUGUUUUUCCAUCUGAUUGCCUCAGGUGAAGGCGCAGUCACGACCAGCAGCAAUGCGUCUGCCGGAUAUCCUCUGCACUGCUUAACGUCCCUACGACCCAGUAAAUAUAUACUAUCUCAUCCGCAAGUUUUGCAUGUGCAGGACAUGUCUGACGUGACUUCCCACAUGAGUCAUUAAUUCACGCGAAGCGGUUUGCUUAUGUCCGGGCUGUUUGUUUAUGCCCGGCCUGAGUCCGAGAGCAGUUGUUUCGCUCGUAUGCUGAGCUCACAUCUUCGCAAGGAAGCUGGGACGUUUCUACCCAGGAUAGCUGGCGGGCAGAGCUUAGUGCUGCGCACAAGCAGUGCGAACAGCAACUGGCGCGGCGACCGCAGCUGCGGCAGCCGCCUGCCAGCUGUUCUGUGACGGUUGUGUCAAUCGGAGAGACGAGCCGCGACGUAAAGUGUAACGCCGAGGAUCCAUUGGAAGGAAGCCCGUUCUCGAAAAUACCACCGGUGCGCAGAGGCCGUGGAGACGCCGGCACUACAUCUGGCAUUCACUGGAUCGACCCGGUCUUAGUUAAGCAGAGUUUAGAUCUAGAGAAGCUGUGCAACAAAUCGGUCAGCCUCUUGUUGCCGUCUACCAGCGUAUUUGCAUACGGUUUCCUUUGUUUUUUGCUCUUCUGUGUGCUGGAGCUCACUCCGGUUGCCGACGUCGUGGAAUUUCGCGUUGCGUAUGAUCAACUUUUUGACGACACGUAUCAUGAAGAAGAAGCCAUCCGCUCUCCGUAUACGCAAAUGGAUGCUUGUGCUACGUGAGUCAUUUGUUAGCACAAAUGAUGGACAUGGUGCGGGACACCGCGGCCGCAGGCAGACUGUGAGCUUCUGAAAAGUUUUUGUUUUUGCAGUUGUUCGGCGAGGGAGACGUGUUUGGUAUGAGUGAAACAGGAGCUCCAGGGGUUGCCUCGAAAAUGCACCGCUCAACAGGUCUCGCUUCCGCUCUAUGGAAGACACAGGCGGGCAUGGCGUGUCAUUGCGACCACGAAAGUCCGGCAGUGCAGGUCUUGGUUUGACAAUGAUGCGGAGGGCGAGGGGGAUCUUUCCGCAUGAUGACGCAGCGUCCUCGGUGAUAGUGGACCACAGUGGAGACUCAAGAUUGGCAUACCUUGAUGCAGCAGACCACGAGGCAAGCCCGAACACUACUCAUGGGGGUCGAGCACAUGCUGUUUUUCUUCCCGGCCGAUCCUUUGUAAAUCAGUCCUUCUUGCAAGUCCAACGUGACGCCGUCAAAUGUCCAAAAAUGCGGGAGUUAGUAACGUAUCAACGUGGCCCUGCAUACGCCGCGUGGCUAGGGGGCGGACAGGACGAGCAGGGAGCGGUCGUCGCGGGCGAAGGGGUGCAGGUGACGCAGAGCGUACUUGUUUUCAAUGGAGCCGGCGGCACAGAGUCAGGGCCAGGGACAGCAUCGUCAAAGCUCACAUCCUCAACUACGUCAGUGGGAACACCGGCAGCAUCGGGCUCAACUGAUGCAGGCGAGUCCUUUUCGCAAAAUCGCCGAGGUUUUGUUGAGUUCCAAGUGGUAGACCACGCUGGCAGCGGGCCGUUUUAUCUGAAUGUCGAAAUUCGUAAUUUUUUUCAGAGCCACAUGUUGUACUCGUGGUCAAUGUAUCCUGAGUGACGCUUCUCUCUUGUAUGCAGCUAACAAUAUCAUGCAUUUUGGUCUUGACUGCGUUUUAGACAACUGCGGAAAUAAUAGCGACUUCCUUGACCACAGAUCACUCCGUCUGGCAGCGCGAUGUUGGGUCCGAAAACACUCGCGCACACAAAGCGAAGUACGCGCGGGCAACUUGACCGCUUUAGUCGUCUGCAAUGCAAUUGCAAGAGCAAGCCAGUGGCGUAAGUUCCUCGCUGCGUUCUUAUGCCCUGUGCUACAAUAUUGCAGCCACCGCGUUCGUAAUUAUUUCGUCCCUCGCUCAGCACGCUAUGCUCCCGAUGGCUCUGAUAGAUUAGCCAGAGCGAAAUAAGCCGCGCGGGUGUGCCAUUCUUGCGCUUUACGAUCUACGGAAGUUCCAGGUGGAGACACGACGAUCCACAACCACACAGCACUGAAUCGUGAUUCGGUUCGGUCAUCCAUCGUGAUUCGGCCAAGUCAACUGGCGUCUACGACUUGACGCGUAGGGGAAAGGAUCGAGCUGAUGGCCGUCCUCUGUUUGGUGGGGCCUCACAGAGUUUCGUCAUGCUGAGAGAUGCCGCGCGGCGUCGUCUUCUCUCCUUCCAGAGCAGAAACAGAGUCCAUUCACCUGGUCGAGGGCCCUGAUCAACCACUGGAGCGCUUCAUCACGGAGCGCUCUGGUGGAGUUCGCGAAAGUAACUAAGGGUGUGCAGGUAGCAACGUGUACGUGGGGACAAAAGGGCUCUGUCCGUGUCGGCUGAAUUGAUCUUCGUGCCUGAGCAGCAAAAGAAAACCGUAUGCUGCUAAGGAAGUAAGUAAUUGAUACGUUAUGAAUAGAUAAAAGCACUCGCUACACGUACACGCACCAGGCGAAUGGCCAUGGCGUGAGUCGUCCAGCGAGUUUGAAAGCAGCAAGAGUUUGCUUGCGCGGGAUACACGGGACGAAGAGCAACUGAAGAGUGGCGGCGAGAAAUUGCACCCGGCCAACCGAUGCAAACAAUUGGAGUCGUACAAAUUUCAUACUUCCGGUAGCCGACCGGCGGGCGAAGCGGACUUCUCUCCUUUGUUUAAUUUUCCCUGCGGGCUUUUACCGAUGUCGAUGCUAAACGAUACAUUCAGUGUCGAGCUCAAAACUGGCGGACACUCCGGCGAAUGGCGGCGGCUGAAGGUAGAAGUGGACGACGAAAGAAGUGCAUGGGCCAUUCGCGGGCUUUAUCACGAGGAAAGGUCUGUUGCUCCCACCCCAUACCCGAGGUAAAUCUUUGCAGGUGGGCAAUGUAGUGAGGACAGGACUACAAGUGUAGGAAGCAACGCCCCUGGCCAGGCAAUGAAAUAACUGAGACGAGAUCAAAUAAUUGAAGGUAGAGUAUAUAUUUAGGCAUCCGCGUAGACCAGGCACCCUCUCAGACCAGGCACCGUGGUUCAGGUACUCCGGACCGUACCCUCUGGGCCGGGCAUCCUGUGGACCGGAUGCCCACUGAGCGAGUAUAUGAAUGGGCCCAAGAAAAGCACCGCCCGACUUUGUGCAUUGCCCGAAAGCCGAUAGCUAUUCGAAAAAAAAGGAAAAAAAAGCGCAACCCUUUGCCGCGGAAUAUAACGAGUCCAAAUAGAAAAACCGACUCCGUGCAUGGCCCGAAAGCCGAUGGGCAUCCCAAAAGCGCAGCGUUUUUGCGACAUGCAAAGCCUGACGUUAGAUGGCCGCUGCGAGAUGGUUUGAAAAUUUUUCGAGGCUUCGCGCCAUCGGGAAUGAACGAGCAAAAAAUAAGGCACGUAGAUCCUGCGGAGAUGUGUCACACGCGCACGGUUUUCGACCUUUCUGAGGGCCACAAGUUGAAGGCCUCCCCCGAUUGAAAGGGGUCAACUUGGGUGGCCCAGAAGGCCUUCUGGAAAGGCCGAAAAUUGGGCAACUUCUUGCGAUUUGCGCAUUUUCGCGGGCCCGCCUGCCCUCGUGUAUGACGCUACGCACCAUGGCAUGGCGGCGGGGGCCAUUCAGAGCGGGCUGUUUUGUCGCGAGGGGCCUAGAAGAAAUGCCCCGCUGCGAGCUGGGGCCUAAAAAGGGCGCCCCGCUGCGAGUUGGCUGCAUUUCGCUUGCAAUGCGUAGCGCCGGAGCCUGCGGGCCGGGGCCGCCGCGGGCGACUGUGCUCAGGCGUCCGCGGCUCCCUGGGGCCGCGGGGAAGUGGUGGAGUCCGCUUGGAACUCCACUAGGGUGGAGCUCCAAGAGCUGUCGUUUUUUCUCGGUGCGCCGGCUGCCGUGCGGCAAAAGCGCGGCCCUGAUGUUGGAAAAAGGCUGGCGGAUCUUCGCGCUGGUUAGAUGUUCACGCACCCACUUGUUUCCCAAGAUCGCCCUCCGGGCGCGAGCUUCAUGCAAGAGAGCAAGGGGAGAAAGUGUCAAGCGUAGGGCGCCUGUUUUUGCUGCAGCCACGUAAGACACGCACUGCGCGGCGCCUGUAGCCAUUGCCAAGCGAGGCGUUUUUGAUAUUCCCGUCAAUUGAAGGAGAAUAAUUGCACACACAUCGAGCAAAGAGGAAAGCGGCGGAAGGGCUUCAGGGUAGCGCCAAGGGUUUUAGUGAGGCAGCUGGGGAUGCAGGUUGUAAAUCCGCGCUUUCCUGCGUUCCCCGGUGGCCUUUGCGUACCGCUAUCAGGGCUCCGGCUCAGGUAGCGCAGGCAGGAAGAGGAGUCUUUGUCUUGCUUAGGACCUGCCAUUUCUAUGGCGCCUGUUCUGACGCAAGGAAGGGAAGCAAAGGUGGCUUGUUUAGGACCUUGUGGCUGUGUGGAGGCUGACAGGAGCAUUACGGAAGAGGAGGCAGCUCUGCUCCAGUCUGAAGCCAGGGUUGAUGGAAGGCUCCGGCAGUCCUUCUCCCCGGCAACUCCCCGAGCUUGGCCGUUCACCACUAAAACGCGCGGCGUUUCAUGACAAACAGCCACUCGCUCGCCUGAAGAAGCGCGCACGCAAUUCCUGUUCCCGUCAACUCUGGAGGCGAUCGAUUGAGGCACUAACAAGCCCCGGCGGCUUACAAGCAGUAAUGUAGCCAAUGCGGCAGAAAGUUAGUCGCCCGCCUGAAGAAGCGAGCAUCCAAGUGAUUUCCCCGUCAAGAUUGCUGCCGCGGUCUCAUGAAAGUGAACGCAAAAGGCCAGGAGACUGCUGCGCCCUAUCAGCUGCGCACACAUGCGGGAACCUGAUUGCGUGAAAUUACAAUAGCCGCACAGUGCACGGUGGCAGCGAAAAAGCCAUACAACGCUUGGCAUUUUAUCUAUCAAGUUAUGUACGUAGGAGCGGAACAAUUUCUCGAGACCGAGAGGCUUCUGGCGGAAGUUUCUACCUAAGAAUGUGGAUGCUUGCAGAGGGAGACACGUGUCGCAACGUAGUCACCCGGUAGGCUGCAGCCAAGCCUCCUACGUUUCUUUUGCAUCUGCCUCGACCCCUCUGCACGCCACAAAAUUAUCUUCUAUGAGGCUUGACUAGUGUAGUCGGAACUCUUGACAAAAAGUGGAGCUUACCGCUUUUGCUGAGUAUGGGCAGGGGGCGGCCCUUUUUUUCGUUCUGAAAGAAAACGGAAAAAUCCGGACGAACAGACGACAAUCGCAGCCAGUGGGGAAUCGGGGAGGCAAUCGCCGGCUUUCUGGCUGCAGAAAUCCCUACCAAAGGUGCAGUGCGUGCAAAAGGACUUCUCUGUCGGUAUCCUGUGCAUCACUAGAGGCCAGCAUGUUCCCAACGCUUGCAUAAUCGAAGUAGCCGAAUAAGCGUUCUUCUUCCUGCACUGCUAGGAGUCCUGGCACUUCGUCGCAGCCACGCGCUGUAUGAUGAAGUUCGAUUUUUAGUGUAUCCGUCUGAAAGUGAAACGAGACCUCCACAGUCAGAAGAGGCAUGUGUAGUUUUUACGCAGUGACUUGUCUAAUUUUUACGCAGGAUGCCACUUCUUCCACCAAGGGACGCGCUCCCAGGAGAAUACCAAAGCGCACCCGCGAGUCAUGCGAUAAAAGAAAGUUUGUUUUCUUGGUCGAUAUUCGAGGACUACAACCUUGCCGCGCAGCCGUUUCAUUCCGCGACACCGUCUUCGACCCCGUCUCCUGCUGCAGAAGCUUCUUUUCGCUCCUCGGGUACUAAUUCAUCCACCGGUUCCCCUAUCAAACUGGGAAACGCCAUGUCCCCAGGAAUCCCAAGGGUUUGGCUUGGAAAGGUUCCAGGCAGAGACUUUUUGUGUAUUGCAUGAAGAGAAUGGGAUGCAUUGCCUACCUAUUUCCUUCGCCCCUCAGUCGGAUUUGUGCCGGUUGUGGAAAAGCUGCCCUCGUCACUCGUUUUGCGAUGUGCUGUCCUGUUACCGACGCUAGCUGGCGCCAGCGUCUGUGUCGUUUCUGUUUCUCUUUCUCCACAAGCAGAUAUUUGGCAGCGCGGGAGGACUAGCCACCCGGCGUAUGCGUUGUCUGUAGAAAUGUGAAGGAUAGUCCAGCUAUUCCGGUAGACCGAGGACAAAAAGAACAAAACUUGAAAGAAGAAGGUGAAAAUAAAAAAGAACCCGGUCUCCUUGCUUGGUGAAGGAAGUCGGCCAGGUCCGGCACGAUCCGCGGGACUUGCGGUGCCUGGCCGCGCCUUUGUGCAGGUUGCUUUCCGCCGGUCCUCCCAGAGGUCCUCCAUCGACCCCUCUCCGGGCCCUGCCACCUGAUAGCCGCAGGCGGAGGGCCGGGCGCGUUUCGGGCCGCCUUACUUGGUCUGCUGGAGCCCGAGGGCCCUUUUCCGGAGAUUGUGUGUCAGUUGCAGGAGUUGCAAGCGCCCCGGGUCGUGGGCAAGCCGGCCCACCGAGAAGGAAGCACCUCCAGAAAGGGGGCGGCCAAGCGAAUCACAGGCGCGGCCACGGGAGGCGCAAGGGCGACCUGCUUCGAACGCGACCGAGGGCACGGCUUUUGUGUCCUAGGUCGGGAGAUAUGUGCAGAAGAAGAAAAGGAAGCGCGCGCGAUGCGCUGCUACCUCGGAGGGUGUUGCUAGGGGCAAGCGAGGUGAUGGGAGAGGUACGCGGGAACCAGUUGCGCCAUCAUCUGAGGCGACGGCGCUGCGGCAUUGCAGGCACACAGCCAGGGCGGGGGACGGCAAAUUAAUAUCUGGCGCAUGGGAUGAUGUUGAGGCCGUGCCGCCUGCGCGACCUGCCGGAGCCCGCAGCGGCCCGGCCCGGGUAAAACGACCAGGCGGGCCGACUUCGAUUGGCCGCCCAAGCAGGACGGAUUGGCCGGCCGGCCGAGCAGCCGAAGGGCAGGAGAUGGCGGCCCCGCGGUCCUGAACGGUUUGGGCCCGGGAUAGGCGGCCGAGGCGCAGAAGGUGGCGCGCCGCGGGCAAUGGGCUCGGUUGCUUGUAGUGCAAUAUUGAUAAGAAGCGCCGCCCCUAGGGGUAGACUGGCGUGCGAGAUACAAAAACGCGUUUUCACGCGGCUAGGCUGCCGGCGCCGCGAAGUAAAAUGCGCCGUCCGGCCGCCUUCGAGAGGCCAGGGAGGCAUAUGGCGAAGUGGCCCCCAAGCUGCUGCCCGUGCUGCGCCUUGCCUCCCGACAGGGCCCCGGCCGCUUGUGUUCGCCCCUCCCUACUGGGGCGGAGCGACCGCAGCGCCGCUAAUCAGCGAAACGAGGAGCGGGACUUUGGGUGGCGCGCGGUGCUUCCCGGCGGCCGACGGUGCGGCGGAGCAGGCGUUAGGGGGGGCAGGCGCCCCGCUGUUUUCAGGCGGCGGCCGUGGUAGCAGAGGUGGAAGCCCGCUCCCCCCCGGUCUGGCUUGCCUCCCCCGCCCCCCCCCCCUUGCACUUCGUUGAGACCGAUCGGAGUGGAAUAAGCGCCGCCACCCUUCACUCUGCCAGCCGGCGCCGCAGGCCCGCGGGCCCCACGAGCGGUUCUCGCGGUGGCCUAAACAUAUCAAGCGCGCGCGGUUCUCAGCCCUUUGGAAGUGGCGCAAAGUAGCCCCAAACACGAUGGGCCCACCCUCUGGGCAGCGCAGUUGCGACCCUUGUGGCGCCAGUCCGUUGGCCUCGGCGAAUCGCGUACAGUUGCAGACGUUUGGCCCCCCCGUUGUCAUCUACUCUGGCAAGCCGAGACGUGUGAUUUUUGACCGCGGCCAGCAAGCCGAGACGUGUGAUUUUUGACCACGGUCAGUUCCCGUCUUUCGCGCGCCCGGGUGCGUUUCGUCCGUCCGGGUUCCCGUCGGCUUCGCGCAGGAGGAGGGCGGCCCGUCUCCAGGUCUCGCCCCCUAGGUUUGAAUUAGCUUGCCGACCAGCUUUGUGGCUCUUCGUUUUUAUCCAUUUUUGCCGCCUCUGCCUCUGUUCAUUUUGGCCGCCCCUGCCCCCUGGUUUACUCGCAGCCCGCGCCCCCGUUCAUUUUCUCCGCGUCCGGCCGACGGCCGGGCUGUGCCUUGGUUCGUCUUCCGCUUGGUUGGCAGCAUUGGAGGCGCCGGGCCCGCACAGCUAAAGGUUGGCGGCCUCCUUGUUGCUCCAGAUGUUGCCCGAUGUGCUGCCACAGGCCUGGCGGCAUUGUCUUGGCUGCCAUCUGGGUCAGCACUUCGACCGAAAUGUAGCUGGCCACUGGGGCCGGGCAGCCGAGCCUGCCCCCCUUCGCAAGUUACCUGGAACACAGGGCAGGCCCCCCAAAAUAAAUGGAAGCAAGGGGCUACGUUUUCCGGAAGCUCCCCCUGGGCUAGUAGAGUAGCAGGGGAGUGUCAGCAUGCUCGAUGUUCCGAUCUAUCUCGAUCCUCGCGUCUUUGUGUGUCGCCGCCCCUUGCUCGUUGGGAGCAAGAUCCUGGCCCGAGCCGUUCAGCACUAACUUUGGCACAGGUUCGCAGACUCUAGGCAGUGGGGCCAGGACUUGAAUCGUUGAGGGCCCUGAGCCUUUUGGGCCUAGCAGUGGCCCCACCUCUCUCCCUUUGUUCUCGUGUGUUCAGGCUCUAACAGUAGCGCCGUGGCCUCAAUUCGGGCGCCUUUUUUUUCUCCGAAGGCUGUGGCCUGAACUGAGCCGGUGCGCCUGCCUACGCCUUAGCCGGGCAUGCAACCUGCCCGAUCUUACAGGUGACCCGGAACGCAGCGCAGGCUGCCCCGGCUUGUGUGCCUCCGGGCCCCGUUUCGCAAUGUUGCGGGACGAGGUCCGGAGGCAGAGGUAGAGCAGCGCCUGGGAAGGUGGGGCCUGAGAAAAGAGUAAAACAUCCCUACCCCUAACAUAUUCCCACCCUCCGCGGCUCGCGGUUGCGCGCGCACAUGCCCGCGGGCAGUGCCGUGGCCGCACAAGCGCGUCGCGCUUGUGUGCGCCGCGCGUGCCAGUCGUGGCCGGGGCAAAAUAAUCAAGAUGCGCCCGCAAGCUGUUGGGCACGGCCGCGCGGGUUGUGGGCGGGCCAGAGCGGGCGGCGCUUUUCUUCUCGUAGUCAUUUGCGAAGCUGCUACGCAUUCAAUUACCCUCCGGCGUGCUACGACGAAGGCGCGCGCGCGCAGUCGCAGGAACCCACGGCGGCAGGACAGGGCGCGCCGCGACAGUGUCGACCUGCGCCCCCCCCUCCAGUGUAUGCAGUACGCGCCCAAACCUAGACUAGAGUCACCGAGGUGGCGCGCUGUGUCUGAAUCUAGCCGCGCCGGCCGCGUGUACUGUACGUGGCGGCGCGCCAUGCUCCUCGUUGCCCUCUUGCAUUUGUUCCCUUACCGUUGGGGCAAUAGACAUUCGUCAGGGCAUGGAAAAUACUUGGACCGAUCCGGAGAAAAAAGAGCCUAGGCCUCCUUUUGGCAGGCAUUUGCGAAGCGCAGCGCGGUCGAACAUGCGCGGACCUGAAUCACGAAGUGCAUUAUCGUACGGAAAGACGACUCGCCCACAUACUCAGCAAGGCAGAGCUGGCGCCCCAUCUGUGGCCGUGAGUCAGCUUGCCUGCGUUGGAUGAACAGAAUGCGGAAGCGCUUGGCCGUAUUCUAUCGGGCACACCUUCUGCCGCCGCCAGCACGCACCACUUGAGCUUUGCCCGGGGCAUGCCGCCCGCACCCUUGGUCUUUGCCGAACCGCUGGGCCUGUGUGCAUCGUUGCGCAGCCUUUCACUCUGGGCACCGACCUACAACGCUUUUGCUGCUGAUUAUGGAGGCGCGCAGGCUUUUAUUUUUUUUUAUACACAGCUGCCCUCGUCGUCGUCUUAGUUUUGCACUAAAUUGAUUUGGGGCGAUGUUGAUCACAGACAGGAAGAUCACUCUUGGAGCAGGUAGCAAAUGGGCCGCGAUGUAUCUCGCAGCCGCGAAGUAACCGGCUGGUCGGCCAGCCAGGCGAUUAGCUCGCGGUGGGCUCGAGCGGCCUUAGGCGGCAACCAUUCAAGGCGCGAGCGGAGCUAGCCGUCCAGCCGCCCGGGUGGUUGCGCUCGUAGCUGCGAGUUAGCUGGCCACCAGCGACCGCGGUCUUGAAAUGCGUGCUGUUUUGUUGCCGAGUUGGCCCGCUUGAAGACUGUGCGGUCUUGUUGCUGAUCUGGGGCAUUUCAAACGGCUCCAGAGAGAAAGAGAAUCGCCGGCCUUCGGGCCGUUUGCCACCGUUGAUUUGAAAACUCUGGCCGGAUUUUCAAAAUCGCCAGACGCCGGAGCGCCUUGAUCCGGUUUGUUUCAUUUUCUUGAAACCAGCCGCGCGCGCGCCGCCUUCGGUACGUGACGAAGAGAACGCCUGGACGCCUGAUCGGGCAGCAAAAAUAAAGGAAACGACAAUAGGGCGCGGUGGCUCGGCCACGGUAUGGAGAAGAGGCCGGCGCGCGCAUAUUUGAAGACGGGCCCGAUUUUCGCUUCUCGCGCGAGGCCGCUUGGCGUCCCAGCCGGCGCGGCUUUUGCGCAUGCGGCAGCAGGGAGCUCCGGGAAAGCCGGGGUCCGUCUCUCGGGCCCGCCGGCCUGGUUCGCCGCAAUCCAUCGGGCCACCCGGAGCUGGCCGUAUUUUUCGGACGAUUUCCGCUGGCCCUCACGAAGGUCGCCGGCCCUGCCCAAGACCCGCCCUUUCUCUGGACCGGCCAUGCCUGGGACGGCCGGGGCGCUAUCGUGGUUCCGGUCCAGGUAGCAAAUCCCCGGGCGCCCCAUACAGAGGGCUAUGGGCGUCCGGCGGACCUCCCUUCUGGGCGGCGGAUAUUCCCGCCCGAGUACGCCGGAACCGCGCGUCGGGCCGGCCGACUGGCCGGACUUCGGCAGCGAGGCCCAACAGAAUGCAGCCGGAUCGGAAGAUAGGGAGGGGCGACGAAGGACCCCGAACAGCACGGGCGCGCGCGGAUUUUUUGGCAUUGGUCUGUGGCUUUUUCGGCUCGUGCCCCGCAGACCGGACCGGGCCGGCCCUGAUUGUUAGUUCGAGCCCUUCAAGACAGCCGGGCCGGUCGACUAACUUCGGCUUGCAGGGCCAACGGGCUGCAGCCGCCGAGCGACUGCGCGCCGGGAGAGAGAGCGGAAGAAAGACGGCGCGGCGGCGGGCGUUGAACAGCGUGUGGGCGGGCAUUUAGGUUUAGGCCGCUCAUGGCCUUGUGGGGUUUUGGAUUUGCUUUGUUUGUGUUCUUUACUUUUGGGCGCUGCUAUUUCGUUUCUGCUUUUAGGCCUCGUCCUUUGUGCAAACCAUGAAUGCUCCGCGCCCUCAUCAGAUGUGAGGAGGCUUUCCGAGCGCCACGACCCCAAUGUUUUCUUCCUCUCCGCUUCAUCUCCGCCACUGUCAUCGUGCCAGUUCCGCCGCCGACGCCGACAGGGUUGAGAGGGCUUCUGGGGUUGAGGGCUUCUAUUUUGAUUUUAGUCUUCGCGCGUGGCAUUUUUAGGGCGUGCAUAUUUGCAAGCGCAGUCGUGGCCUGGGUGUCUUCGCGUGCUUCGUCGUUCAUGUUUUCGCCUCAUUCCCCUCCGUCGGCCUUCAAGUCGUUCCUCGCGAACUUUGAAGGCUGUUGCGUUUGGCGGGGACUUUAUUGCGCUGAUAAUUUCGGCUGUCAGAUCUGGCCAGGCCCUCGACUUCAGUUCGCAGCUUUUGCGCCACUUUGGCAGCUUCUCAAACCGGCCCAGAGGGUGGCAGUCGCUGGCGCGCUAUCUGGCCGCCAGCCUUCAACCGCCGGCCGGCGGGGGCGCUCGGUCUUGCGCAAUUGCGAGGGCUGUAGGCGCUUUACUUAGGAAGACCCCGAGCAGAACCAACCAGAUUUCCGGCCUUCCGGAUCGGUUUCAGCUUGCGGCACUUCCCGACGCUUCCCUGAGCAACGAAAACACUCCGCGCACUAACAUUGCCAGACGCACUGGAUCGGUUCGGGAUGGUUGGCCGGCGUCGCGUAUUUGUUAGCUCUGCCGCUUAGCUUUUUGCCUUUGGCGUUUAUUUUUUCUUUGGCUCUUGCGUUCGCCUUCGCGCGGAGUUUCCGCUUUCCCUUUUGGACGCCAUUGCUGAUGGGAAGGGAGUUUCGGUUGACGGCGCGGCCGCUCACCAGUUAGGCGGGCGGCGCUACGCGUUCGAGCGCCGGCCUGCCCUUCAGCAGGCACUUUCUUGGUGUUGGAGGGCUGGUUGUAGGCGGGCACCUUCUCGCCUACCCAGUAGAAGCGAGCGCUCGCGAUGGCCUUCCCCUCUUGGCCGUUAUGAUAGAGGGCAGGUUUUUAGCAAACGCCGCGGGCUUUUGCCGCGUCUCUCGUCUCGCGGCCUGGCCGGAUAGUGCGCGUGUAUUUGUGGGAAAUCCGGAUAAUGCGCCCGAUAGUUGCAAACUCCGGGAGCUCGCAAAGAACCCAGCAGUCCGCGAGCUCGUAAAUGAUGCCCAGGCCAGCAGCCCCCCCCCGGCGCCCGCUCGCUGUUGGUUUACAUAGAAGCGGCGGGCGCCGUUGCUUCCGGGGGGUGCAGGGGCAUCAAGGUUUGCAAGGGGCGGGCGGCGGGGACGGCGAGGGGCGUCGUUCGCUUGGCGACGCGAAAAACCGCCCCGCUGCGCGCGCCAGCUUUAAUUUAUCGCGGGCGACGAAGUCUGGUCCUGCAUAUUGGGGCUGUGCGCUUUCGAGUUCCAAAAAUGGGGCAAAUUUGCUGAGCGAAUCUGUUGCGCCGAAUGUCCACACGGCCGCCUCGCUACGAGGUGCGGGCGACUCGCUAUCGCUUCGCGGCUGUCUUCGUUUUUUUUCGCCAUGGCGUGGCGCCGAGAUGCGCCUCCUAGGAGAGCGCGUGCUUCAUCUCUCGCCUCGCCCUUUUUUUCGAGCGAGUUUGUAUCCCAUCGUAGGCGAUUCGCAAACUGCUCCGAUUGGCCACGAGUAUCGUUGCUUGAUUUUAGGCAGAUGCAUCCCUGGAGAGCGAUAUUUUUUGGGAACAUGACAUUCAUUAACCUAAAAUAAAAGCGCAGCGCUGCGCUUUUUGUUAUCAUUUAGGCCAAUGGAGGGAAGUCUUUUCAGGAAAGGCUUUCCAUCAGGCGCUCGCUCUUUUUCCCGCCUUGCUUUUGCGCUUAUGUACGUGGAUCGGCUGGCUCUUGUGCCGUGGGGUUACUUUAGGAUCGAACGUUCCCAGCGGCGGGUAUAGCAUCGCAUCCAAGGGGGGUGCGCGCCCCGACAAUUCUCAGCGCUGGGGCUUUACAGUUACGCCAGCGCUUUUGUGGGCUUUACUUUCGUUUCUGGUUCCUGUCGGACCCGUUCGUUUUUCCCGUGCCCAGCUGGCACCCGGCAGCGCUGUGUAUAAGGUAUCCUCGUAGUUCGUAUCCAUUACCUUUGCCACACUUGGCCUCCCGCCGUGUCCGCCGCGCCGCGCAUGAGGUUCGCUCGUCUUCGUCACGUCGUCUGAUUCUCCGCAGCCGCCGCCUUGCGGGUUCAAAGGGUUUAUGGGUGCCAGAGGUCGGGACUCACGUUUGGAUUUCAGUCAGAUCACUGGGCUGCGCUUAGCUUGAGUAUGGUGAGGCUUGAUUUUUUAUUGUAAUACUCUGAACGUGGUUGCAAUGUCGACGAUAGCGGGGCUGUCUGCUACUAUCAGCCAGAAGAAAGCUAGCUUCGCAACAGCUUUGGGGAAUUUAUGCAAGAACGCACACACUCAAAGUAACCGAAUAAGGAAGCAAAAGAAAAAGCAAAAAAUAUACACGCUUCGUUUUUGCAUCGGUAAGGGUAUCUAUUGUGGUGGUUAGUUUUUUGCCUGCGUGAUAUCUGAUCGGAUCUUCUUGCAAGAGGAAACGCAGUAUCAAGUGGUAAUAUAUCUGGGGCGGCGACAAGAGUGCACGUGUUUACCUGGUUGGCUGAUUGGAUAGCGCCUAACAAAGGCGCGGCUUCUGCCGUUGAAGACCGCGGCGCCGAAUUGCCGGGGCGCAAUGGGAACCGGUCGACGACGGCGGCUAUGACCGAGCUACAGUUAGCACCCGGCUCGCUGCCCCCGAGUCAUGCCCGGGCUAGGCAACUGUUGGGAUAGGCAUGGGGCGAGCCAGAGCAUGGGCGUCCGGACGCUCGGCGGAGGCGGGCAAGGGCACAGCCGCCCGCACUGUGUUCGCAGCCAGCAAGGGCCAAGGCUGUGCCAGCCGUCCCCCCGGCGCUGCAAUUUCUGCGGCGGAAACCAUCCUGGAUUGCCUCGAGGAGGGGCCAGGGGCCGCUACAGAAAGAAAGGCGACCGCGCCCUGCUUUCAUUCUUCGGGGCAAGCGUCGACGAGUGGGCCCCGCGAGUUCCGGGUCGAAGGCGCGGGGGACCCCGCGCGCCCCCUUGGCCUGGCAUAAACUUUCGCAGGCCGCCGCCGGAUACCGUCCCUCCUUCGUUGUUAUACCCCCGGCCGGUAGGGGUAAAGCGCGAAGCUCGCCGCGCCUGCCGCCCGCCGUUCUGCCGGCUGGCCCGCCCCAUUUUCGAUUGCAGGGCCGCACCCGCGGAAAAGGGGGCGCAGGAUGGCCUAGAGGAGGGACCCGGGGCCGCUUCAGAGGGGGGGGCGGUCGCGUCCUGCUUUCGUGCGCCGAGGCAGGCAUCGAGGGGGGGCCCCCUGAUUCCCAGGCGGCCCCGCCCCCGAGGCCGGCCGGGAAUCUGUUUUCCCGAGAAAUUGAUGGGAGGAAGGCCGCCGCCGAAUUCCGCGCGCCCGCCGCUUCGCCCUGCCAUCGCAAGGCCGCGCCGGCGGCAAGGGGGGGGGGGCUGUAGCUUAGGACACGCCCGCCCCUACCUUGGGCCACAGGGCUGGCGCCGGCCAGGCGGCCUUUUAUCUGCCCGCCCAUGGCGCCAAGACUACCCGCGAGCUGGCGUCGUGGUUUCCCGGGGAGUUUGUGCGCCUUGGGUUUUCCGCCUACACGGCCCACCCCGGCGACCUGUGUUUACGCAGCGUGCGGGCCCGCGCGUCUCCGGGGGCCCGGGCGGGAGAAACAAUUGGAAGGGGCGCGCGUACCAACUGCGAAGGGGCGGGAAAAACAACCAGGGGGCCCCGGAAAUGGAAAUCAGGGGCGCGCGCCAAAAUUGCUAGCGGACGCGACCCCAAAAGCCCUUCCGAAAUAAACGGACGCGAGCGAGCUCGGAUGGGGGGGCUUCAGGCAAAAUUGCGGCCGGGUGGCAGCAGAAUGCAGGCAGGCGAAUUGUGUUGGCCGGCUUUUCCGAAUGCGCACAGCGGGCAGACCUUGCGCCAGAGCUUCGGAACCCAUCGCAGAAAAAGAAGGAUGGGAAAGCACUAGAUUGGUGCCUCCGAGCCCCAAGGCCCCUAGCAGACUUGGCCCUGCGGGCCAGAAUUUCGAGGGGGCGCCGAAGGGUUUCCAGUAUGCGGACCCCGCGGUUGGCGGCAGGUCGCUUUUUUUUGGCUUUCGAGGGCGCUCUUCGCGAUUGGCGGCUUUUUGCGUUUUACGCCACUCCGCCCUUCGGUGCCGGAACCCCGGGCCCGCAUACAUAUUGCGUGGCGCCCCGCAUUUACCAGCCCCCGGGCGGGCGGACCAAACUCGGCCGGCGGGCUUUCAAGAACUCGCUUCGCGCCCAUUAUCAAGGCGCCGGACUACGGAAGAACCCGAAGCCCGGCGGGGCGCCCUCCUGAAUUUUGCGACGUACGACGCCCGGGCCCGCGCAGGUACAGCCGAAGAGGCGUGGUGGCCGGCGCGGCGAGAUGGCUGACAGCGCGCCGCAGGCCCGGCAUUGGCAGCCCCCGGGGCUUUGUGGGCAGUGCCACCAAAUUCCGGGCGCUCGCGGAGUACACGUUCCGACGCGCGAGCAGUCUGUACCGAAAGGAAGCGGGGGCAGGGUGGGGGAGAACGGAAACACGUCGGGGCAGCGGAGUACGGAAAAAAAAGGUGGCGCCAGGGGGCCCGGGGGGGCUGGCAAAGAAGCAAGGCAGUGGCAAGGCGGGAGAAGCGCGCGGCCGGACCCGCGCCUAAGGUGCGGGACAGGCCGGGGCACCUGCCCUAGAGGACCUCAUCCAGGCAAGGGGUGGAGGGGGGCCAGAAAAGUGUCGGCGUGGCGGGCAGUCGUCGCGGCGCGCCCUUGUAUCUAGUGCGGCCGCGGGCGGUCUAGCGUACCUUGGCAGCCAGACAGGAAAACCCCCGGCCGCUUCCAACGGGAAAACUGGCUGGCGCGUUUUUGUAUAUUGAAAAAGCACGGAGGGAGAGCGCGCAGUGGGGCUCGAAAUAGAAUGCAGUUCCAGCUGCUCCGGUACGCCCCAAAACCACCCCGGCCGGGCCAGGGUGGCAGCGAGCUAGGCAAGUGCGGCCCUUAGCCCAUGUAUGUGAAGGACAGAAUCACGCCCGGCUUGUGACCGCUGGGGGGGCGUGUCGGUCCCGGCUGCAUCGCUUCGAGGCCGCGAAAACGGAAGGCCGCGGGGCCUCGGUGGAAGGAAGCCCGCCCCCCCGGCCAAGGUCGGGCCGCUUCGGCCGGGCCCCCCGGCGGCGCUGGCCUGAUUUCGGCAGAGGCUCUCCGUGAGGUUGCCAAGGCUCCCGGCCCGAAGGGGGGCCACGGCAUGAAAUUGGAGCCGCGCUGCGCGAAUCGGGGCGGGGCGCACUCGCGCCCCGCUUUUGGAGGCAGGCGCGUAGCUAGCGUUUGGGCCUUUCCCUUCGGGCCCAGGGUCUGCGUUUGGGGCUCCGGGCCGUCCGCCCUGGCUGGCCGCAGGCUUUCCCAGUGCCGCGGCUGCGGCGGCGCCGCGCUCCCCGCAAGCCCUUUUUGUGGUCGGUCCCGCGUGGUUUCCUUUGCUCAGCCGGGCAGUGCCUGGGUUGGCGCAUCAUUCCGAUGGACCGCUGAAGCCGCCCGGCGACGCCGGGCGUUCGUUCGCCUCCGGCGCCUACAAACGUGACUCAUGGCAAAGGCCUACGGGCCUCGCAUAGAAGCGUCUUGACGAACGUACGCGAUUCGGCGGCAGGCCUCGCGCCAGAAGCAACCGCAGCCCCAGACCUUGCGCUAGGGGGCUCCGGAAGGAGUUCCGCAGAGGAUUCCUACCGCAAAAACCAUGCGGCCCAACUAGCCGGGCCGCACGAGGCCGCCACGCUGCAAGGGCAUGCCAUUGGUCCGGUUUCGUCAGAGGAUUCCCGAGAGGAUUCCAAAGCCCGCCAACGAAUCUGCUCGCCCGGAUUGGGCCAGGAGGAAGGCCGCUCGUCCCCCAGGCGCCUGGCAUAGAUGGGCCCGAUGUCGGCACAGGGUUCCGCAGCAGGGGGCGCCGAAGCCCCCGACGGAGUUUGUCCGCGGGUCCGAUUGGUACAUGCGGCCGCACAUUUUUGCGAGCCUGCCCUCCCGCGAUUGUAUCAGACCGAUUUGAGCAGGGGGCCUCCUUGAGAAGUUCGCUAGCGUUGUAAGCUCGUACGCCUCCAGCCCAGACCUAUUUGCAAUGCAUUCCGCGCGGCUGCACGGCGUCGAAGCGCCGUUCUUCGGCAACUGGUUGCGUGUCGGCGCGAUGCCGAAAACGAGGAAGCUCCUCGGCAAGAUCAGAGAUUUGGACGAAAUUCCAGCCGGGAGCGCUAUUCGCCUGCAUUUUUCUGAUGUCUGGAAUCCAGUCCAGAGUUUCCAACGAAACAACGAGGACACCAAGACUGGUGGAGCCACGUCGAACUCGAAGGGGGGCGGUGUGCGGAAAUUUGCUGUGCUAGGUACUUGCGUUUUAUCACGAUGAAUGGGCGCUGACUUCUUGUGUGCCUUGAGAUGUGAGCGUUAUUUUUUUGUCUUUGCGCCUGCGCGACGGUACUUAGUGGACCAGCGGAUUGAAGCGAAAAGAUGUCACCACACUCCUCUAUAACAAGGUAGCCGGUCAGUUUUGGGGGGUCCAGCGGUGUUUCUUUCGGCGUUUUGCUUGUGCGGUGGAGCUUUUUUCGUCGUUCUAGGAUUCGUCUUAGCAAUCACACAAAGGAAGCCAAUUCUGCAGAGGGAUAGAUUGUUUUAGUGCGAUAGUUUCGGGCUUAGGCCUCGAGUUGCGGAUGUGGUGUAGUACAAGAGUUGUUACUAUGUCCGUUGUGGCUUGGUGUUAUCUUUAUAUAUUAGUAUAACGCUCCUCGUCGGCAUCGCCUUGUUUUCAGACGCGCCCGGCUCUUUUGGACACACGGAGGCGGCACAACGUAGCGCCGCGCUUCAGCUUCUUGCUUGCUUAGCUGUGCCCCCUCUCGUUUUUUUUUUCAUCUUUCCGCCCCCCUCUUCUCGUUUUUGCCUUUCGUUUGGCCUCAUUUCUGCGCCUCCUGUUUUCUUUCCACUUGCCUCUCCUUGUCACCCUUUGACUAGGAGGACAAAAAGCACUGCUUUCUGGCCCACCUCUUUUUGAAGUUAGCAAGCAACCGCCGCAGCCCCGAAGGUCUGAUAGAUAUGGCCUUCCUCCAGUCUUCUUGCGGGCGCCUGCUGCCUCUUUCUAACCCAAGAGGCGGAACGCUGCAAGCCCUUAGGGCUGCGCGAGCUGGCGGCCGCGCGCGCGGGAGUGGAUGGGACCGGGGGAGAGGUUUCCGCGGGUAUUCAGGUUCGUACGUGUGUGGGGUUCCGGUUCGCGUUUUGGGUCAGGAUUCGCGCUUGGGGCCAGGGUUCACAUGGUGGGCUCAGAAUCGUGCGGCACCCGCCUGGGAUCUAGGUACCCUCCUGGGGUGCAGGCUCGCGCGCGCGGCCUUGAUUCCCGGCUGGGCUACAGGGCCGCCCCGCUUCGUCCUCGGGGUUUCGGCCCUCUUCUGGGGACCCAGGUUUCCGCCCGAGUUUUAUGCCCCCGUGGCAGCCCGACGCAAAGGGUCGUGGCGGUACCCGAGUUAACAAAAGGCGACAGCCCAAGUUUGAAAAGGUCGUGGCGGUAGGGGGGCGCCUCCUAACGUUGCCGCCUGGCAUUGCCGCUUUUCUUCUUUGAUUUCAUCUUUUUUCGAGCGUGAUCCUGGCCGAACGGCGCAGGAGAACCGCCCGGGCCCGGCACGAGCGCCACCAUUGCAGGCGCGGGAACGCGGGAAAAUGCAGUGGCCUUAUCGGAGGUUCUAUGACGGGGCAGAAAUGCUCGCAAGCCAGAGUGUCGCGCCCCCCCCCGGCAUUGCUGCUGCGCUCUGCCUGCUCAGGCACCAGCUUCGCGGUGCAUUUCUCGCCCCCUGCCCGACAGAUUUCAGCAAGUCGGCACCCCGCCGGGCAACUUUUCGCAUUCGGUGGCCCCCUUUCCGCCCUUAGAUCCUUCUCCAUGUGCCAAGAAUAGCCUCCCCUCCUUUUUCUAUUUUCUGAAAAACGGUGGCGCUCCUCGAACGGUCGACCCUUCGGCCAUAUGCCAAGAAGAGCCGGACGCCGGGCCUAUUCAAUAUGGGAGCAGCUUAUUUAUCUCUGCGACACUGCAUCUUCAUCUUGAUUCGACUUGAGCCGGUCGCAGUGUUUUGAAGUCGAAGUUUAUGGCUCUUAUAUGGUGAAGUACUCCUUACUUAAAGUUAAAAUAGUCCAGCCGUCGGGCGAGUAGCAUGCUCGAAGUAUUUCGCUGUUUGCGAUUCCUCAGUCGUAAAUGCAACAAAGAGGUACGCAGUCCAUUUGUGUUUAUCAAGAACGACGAGAGCUGGCUUCUGUGAUGCAGUGGCUCUUCAACAUAUUCGUGCAGUUAGUUACAUACUUUAGAGAAACUGGCUAAAGCAUGCGUGUCAUCUUGCAUUCAUCUUCAGUCCCCAAAACUUUCAAAAACUUGACUUAGUUAAAUAGACGAGGAAAGUGAGGAAGUGCUACGCGUGGUAGGUUCUACGUCCCUGCGAAUAGCUUGAGUAUCCUUUUACCAUAUCAUAGAUGCAAUGAGCUUGCUAUCAGUAAAAAAAAAACGGAAGCAUAAGGCAGAAAGUUCAGUAGAGUAGCGCUGGGCCGUGCCAUCUCUGCGCAAAUGGUUGCGGAAAGCCCCCACAGUGUCUAAGCGGCAGCCAUAGCUGUAAAGUCACCGCGUAGAAGGAAGAGAAAACGAGUAUGAUAGAAAGCAGAAGGCGGGCCGCCGAAAGGUUUGCAGGUCUUGAAGCACGCAAGUGCGUGCCUGUCGAUGUACUACUCGACCGUCGCGCUCCGGCAAAACUGAAGGCGCUCAAUUUGUCGCCUAGCAGAAACACCUAGAAGCGCAGGCUUUGCCUGUGUGUG